CACCAUAUAUAUCGUUGCUGAAACUUCUUAUAUAACCCAUAGAAAGAAAGAAAAAAAGAGGGGAAAAAAAACACACCAAAUUAUGGUUAUAUUAAGGCCAAGCACAAUACAAAAUCCAUGUCUUAAUGCUUAUGACUUGGUUUCCUUUGGCAUAUAUUCCAAACCAUUGGAAAUUCCACUCCUUAAAUCAAGAAAUGGUACUGAACUAAAGAAAUUACGAAAAAGUUCAAUCAGAUUUUCACUAGCCUUGAAUCCUGUCAGUCCUGAAAUUUUCCAAGAAAAUGGAAGCGCGACCAAGAAAAAACCAAAGGGACCUGCAAAUGCAUGUCCUUUUUCACCUGUAGAUUUCUUGGAAAGAGCUUCUAUUGUUUAUGGAAAUUGUACAUCAAUUGUGUACAAUGACAUAACUUACACAUGGUCUGAGACUUAUACUCGUUGCUUAAAAUUAGCAUCUUCCAUUUCAUCUCUUGGUAUUAAAAAAGGCGACGUUGUUUCCGUCUUAGCUCCUAAUAUUCCAGCCAUGUACGAACUCCAAUUCGCUGUACCAAUGUCCGGUGCAAUCCUCAACAACAUAAAUUUCCGACUUGAUCCACGUACGUUAUCUGUUUUGCUUCAACAUAGUGAAGCAAAACUUAUAUUCGUGGAUUUUCAAUCAACUUCUUUAGUCGUUGAAGCACUUUCUCUGUUUCCACCCAACGUACAACGUCCAAAAUUAGUACUUAUUGAAGAUGAUGAUCAGAACAAUAAAGGCUCCUCAUUUUUCGAUGAUAAGUUUCAUAACAGCUACAAAAACAUGAUAAAAGAAGGCGAUUCGAGUUUCAAAAUGAUAACACCAGAUAGUGAAUGGGAACCAAUUGUACUGAAUUACACUUCUGGUACAACUUAUGCACCAAAAGGUGUACUUCAUAGUCAUAGAAGUGCAUUUACAAUGGCUAUUAUGGGAUUAAUUGAUUGGUUUGUGCCGAAACAACCAGUGUAUUUGUGGACAUUGCCAAUUUUUCAUGCUAAUGGUUGGGGAUUUUGCUGGGGAAUGGCUGCUGUUGGUGGAACUAACGUAUGUCUUCGUCGAGGUCAUGAUGCUUCUUCAAUAUAUGAAGCUAUUCACCAACAUAAGGUAACUCACAUGUGCGGUGCACCAGUAGUACUAAAUAUGCUAUCUACCUAUCCAAAAAGGCAACCACUUGAUUCUCCUGUUCACAUAUACACCGCCGGAGCGCCACCGCCGCCCGCCGUCCUCGACAGAACGGAAUCUUUAGGGUUUGUAAUAAGUCAUGGUUAUGGAUUGACAGAAACAGGAGGACCAGCAGUGACAUGUGCAUGGAAACAAGAAUGGGAUCAUUUGCCACAGUCAGAAAGAGCACAGCUUAAAUCAAGACAAGGUGUGAGAAUGGUAGGAUUUACAGAGGUUGAUGUAGUAGACUUUGAAACUGGAAUUAGCAUUGAGAGAAAUGGUAUAGCAAUUGGAGAAAUCGUCUUGAGAGGAGGUAGUGUAAUGCUAGGGUACCUUAAAGACCCAGAAGGAACAUCAAAAUGCAUGAGAAAUGAUGGAUGGUUUUACACAGGAGAUGUUGGAGUAAUGCAUUCAGAUGGUUACUUAGAAGUAAAAGACAGAUUAAAAGAUGUUAUAAUUUGUGGUGGAGAGAAUAUAAGCAGUGUAGAAGUGGAGUCAAUUUUGUACAAACAUCCAGCAGUAAAUGAAGCUGCAGUUGUAGCAAAACCAGACAAUUAUUGGGGUGAAACACCUUGUGCUUUUAUUAGUUUGAAAACUGAUGCAGAAAAGCUGACAGAGAAGGAAUUAAGAGAUUUUUGUAAAGAGAAUUUGCCACUUUAUAUGGUGCCAAGAACUGUGGUAAUUGAAGAAGAGCUUCCAAAGACAGCAACUGGGAAGAUUCAGAAGUAUUUACUUAGGGAGAAAGCUAGGUCGUUGACGUAAUGGACUUAGUACCGGGCGCGAAUUCAGAUUAGUCUAGUUUUCAAGAUUGGAUAGUUAAGAAAAGUAUAGUAUGAGUUUCAGUUCAAUGUUGCUAAGAAUUUAAGUUUUUAUAUUGGAAAUAUGUGAUUUAGAAA